AUGAGUAGACAUGCUUGGUUUAUCAAGCUUGGCCUUGACACUAGUCCUGUUUACGCUACUAAGCUCAUCGCUGACUGUGUUAUAUCUGGAAUCCCCAACUCCAUUAGCAUUGCCCACCAAGUGUUCGACCAAGUGCCUCAAAAAGACACACCCUUAUGGACCUCUAUCAUCUCAGCCUAUGCUCGCUCCAAUCAACCCCACAAGGCCCUUCAUCUCUUCUCCUGCAUGCUCCAUCAAUCUCAAUCCAAUCCAGAUGCUCGGCCCAAUCACUUCGUCUUCACAGCUGUGGCUCGCGCCAUUGCUUCUGCUCCACAGUACCUGUCUUUGGGGCAAACCUUGCAUGCCCACAUCGUAAAGUCUGGAUAUGUUCCUGGAAAUAUCAUCGUUGAGACUGCCUUUGUGGAUUUGUAUAUGAAAUGUGGGGUUGCUGAAUGUGCCCGGAAGUUGUUUGAUGAAAUGUCCAAUAGAAAUUUGGUGACCUGGAACGCUAUGAUUUCUGGGUAUGUUCAGAAUGGACAGGAAUGUCAAGGAUUAGAGUUGUUUUAUAGAAUGAAGUGCAGAGAACUUUACGUGCCCGAUGAGUACAGCGUUGCGACCAUUUUAUCUGGCUGUGCGUACGUACAAGAUCUACUUUUGGGUGUGCAAGUUCAUGGUUAUGCAUUUGUUCGUGGGUUUGAGUCGAGUUGUAGAAAUUCUCUUGCUAACAUGUACUUUUAUUGCGGUAGACUUGCAUCGGCUGAGAAAGUUUUUGUUGGAUUGGAAAGGAAUCUUGUUUCGAAGCUUGUGAAGAUAAGGGGUUAUGUAUUUAAUCACAUGUAUGCUGAUGUCGUUAAGUACAUUUUGUCAAUGGAGAAUGCUGUUGAAAUUUUUGUUGCAGAUCAGACUAUUUUCGUGCCUCUGCUAACUACUUGUGCUAAGAUGCAUUUGCUCAAUGUUGGGAAGCAAAUCCAUGGCCUCUUUAUCACUUUGGUGGAUUCAUAUAGCACUGCUGAUUCAUUAAAAGAGAGCAGAGUGAUUAUUAGUAGUGCACUCAUGGACAUGUACAGCAAGUGCAGUGAUAUUGGUAAAGCUCAAAAAGUUUUUGAAAGUUGGCUACCUGAACAACACGUUCCACUGUGGAAUUCAUUGUUGUCUGGUUAUAUUCAUAAUGAAUUCAUUGAAGAUGCUAAGGCACUCUUUGAGAAUAUGCCCGAGAAAACUAUUGUUUCUUGGACUAGCAUGAUGACAGGGUAUGUGCAAAAGGAUUUGCCCCAAGAAGGCUUAAAUUUAUUGGCUAAGAUGUAUUCUGGAAAAGAAGGAUCUAUACUAGAAGGAAACUGCUUGACCUUUGUGGUGGCUCUUGAGGCAUGUACUCAUCUAACUGAUUUGAACAAAGGAAAGCAAAUACAUGCGAAAAUUAUUAGAGCGUUACCAGAUGCGUAUGACAAUGUGGCUGUUGGUACAGCUUUAGUUGAUAUGUAUUCAAAAUCAGGUAAUUUGUGUUACACACUACGACUUUUUGAUGCAAUGGAAGAGAAAAAUGUUGUUUCAUGGACUUCUGCAAUCAUGGGAUUUGCUGUUCAUGGAUUUGCCUCCCAAGCCCUUGAACUCUUUCAGCGUAUGGUAAACAUGGGGAUUAUGCCCAAUGAAGUGACAUUUAUUGCAGUAUUAACUGCUUGUAGUCAUUGUGGGUUGGUUGAUGAGGGAAUGCAAUACUUUACGCAAAUGAGGAAGCGAUAUGGUUUGAUGCCCGAGGAAGAACAUUAUACAUGUCUAAUUGAUUUAUUAGGACGUAAUGGAAGGCUUGAGGAAGCAUGGAAUUUGGUGGAGGGAAUGGAAGAGAACUAUCUAAGUGAUGGGAGAUCUACUGGUGCCAUUUGGGCCGCACUUCUAGGGGCCUGUCAGUUGCAUGGAAACGUCGAAAUUGGAAAGAAGGUAGCUGGAAAGAUGAUGGAAAGGGAGAAACAGAUUUCUACUGCUUUCGUUGCGCUAUCUAAUGUUUAUGCAGCGGCUGGGAUGUGGAAUGAAGUGUAUGGAGUGAGAGAGAGUUGGAGAAAAGAAGGUCAUGCCGAUGGAGAGCCUGGUCUUAGCCGUAUAUGUGCACAACCUUAG